UGAAAAAUUGACCAUUUCUUAAUGAGUAGGGCUCGUACCAUAUAGUUAAAGACAAAAAGUUUUGGGGAAAAUCGAGGCUGAUGGGAAAGUUCCAAAAUAUCUCUGGAACUAGUUCCAGUUCCAGAACUAGGUUUUUAAUUUUUGUAGUUCCAGUUCAGGAACUCCAUUUUUUAAAUUCCUUAGUUCCAGUUCAGAACUUGUUCCAAGUUUGUUCUAGUUCCAAACUUUUAAAUUUUUUUGAAUAUGAAGAUUUAGCCUCAUAAGAGGAUUUAGUGACAGAGGAUUUAGCCUCAUAAGUUUGUUCAAAAUCGCCAAAUCUAACCGAUCUUAGUACCAAUCUACCCAGCUCG